AUGCAGCCGGCGCGCGGAGCCAUGGCCAACUUCCGGCUGGCGCUCAUCCAGCUGCAGGUAUCUACCGUCAAAGCAGACAACCUGCAGCGAGCCUGCGGCAUGGUGAAAGAAGCAUCCGCCAAAGGCGCCAAGGUUGUGGCGCUGCCUGAAUGUUUUAACUCUCCUUAUGGAACCCACUACUUCAAGGAAUAUGCAGAGAAGAUCCCUGGAGAAUCGACACAAAAACUCUCAGAAGUUGCGAAGGAGUGUAACGUCUAUCUUGUUGGAGGAUCCAUUCCGGAAGAGGAUGGUGGAAAGCUGUAUAAUACAWGUACUGUCUUUGGGCCUGAUGGAGCUAUGUUGGCCAAGUAUAGGAAGAUUCAUCUGUUUGACAUUAAUGUUCCUGGGAAGAUACAGUUCAAAGARUCGGAAACACUGAGUCCCGGCAACACUUUGGCUACGUUUGAUACCCCGUUCUGCAGAGUGGGCCUGGGCAUCUGCUACGACAUGAGGUUUGCUGAGCUGGCUCAGAUCUACGGGCAGAAAGGUUGCCAACUGCUGGUGUAUCCAGGGGCUUUUAACUUGACCACAGGACCAGCCCACUGGGAACUGCUGCAAAGGGGACGAGCUCUUGAUAAUCAGGUCUACGUAGCUACUGCUUCUCCUGCUCGAGAUGAAAACGCUUCCUACAUUGCUUGGGGACACAGCACGGUAGUAAAUCCAUGGGGGGAGGUCAUUGCCAAGGCUGGCGCCGAGGAGGCCCUUCUGUACGCAGAUAUAGAUCUGAAGAAGCUUGCGGAAAUCCGCGAGCAAAUCCCGGUUUUGAAGCAGAAGCGCAAGGAUCUGUACAGCGUGGAGGGGAAAAAGUGAAGCUGGGGGAAGGGGAGGCUCCCGAGGGGGCACCACAGCUGCUGCCUUCCCCUUCAGCCUUCCCCACCUGGCUGCUCCGGAGGCUGCUGCCCCCUGGGAGAGUUAAUUUUAAAAAAUGAAAAGAGAAAUAGAGCUUCUGAGCCAACAUAUAUAUAAUUUUUUUUAGCAGUAGUUAACAACUAGGACAAAGCUAGAAGUCGAAUCAUCUGAACUCAACAUUGUUGUUUAGGUAUCACAAUUUUAAGCACUGCUUAUCAUCUCUGCUGUUUUCUAAGUUUCUCUGAGACUUCUAUUUGUAGGAAGUGGGAAUGGCACCCUUGUGUCCUGCCGGGAGCCUGCAACGCUGGCCUUAGUGCCUUGAAUGGCUCAGUGAGUUGCCAAGCAGCCCGGAAUUCUGCACAACUUCUCCCGCCCAAGCAGUGCACACCUAAGCAGGCAGCCGAGGGACACAGAAGCGCCCAGUUACAAGGGGCACUUACAGCUUCAGUUUUAACCCAGUAGGAAAAGGGGCCACUUUCUGCUCUGUGCUGUCUGGUGACAAUGCACGAGGAGGGCAGCUGCUCUAGAGGGAUCCCUAACAGGUCCGAGCUCUUGGGCAUUCUCAGCAUGACAUUCCCCUCGCUGCAACUGCUGCCAACGCUGCUCUGUGCUGCCAGCUCAAGCAACAGUAACACAGCAAUGAAAAUAAAACCAAACGCCACAGCUGCCUUAGUGCUGUGCCUGCAUUGACUCGAAUGCCUGGCAGUGCUCAGCUUACAAGGCUGCAAUGAGAAGAGCCAGUUAAAGGAUGGAAAACGAACUGCACUGAGACUCUCUGCCCUUGGUCUCACAGGUGACGGGUAGCAGAAAGGCAGGUACUACCUGAUGGGUGGAAUAACCUAUCCCUGUCAGAAACCAGCUCUCCUGACUGCAUGUGAAGCCCUCCUUACUCCACUGCUCUGGCUAGAAAAACAACUGAUCAGUUAUUAAGGAUGGCUUUGAGAUACUCAGAACCAGGCUGCCAGUUUUUGAGAGAGCUGUUUGCCCACCAGGAAGCCACCUUGGCACUGCUCUUUCUCACUAAUAAAAACAAGAAUCGCCGUUGGUGUUUUUUCUCACAGGAGAGCGGAGGUGAGAAGCASGUGCAGCCCAUGCAGUCACCCCCAGCCUCUGCUGCAGGAUUUUAGCUUUCCA